AGUAAGUCAGCAAAACAAAAGAAAGGGUGGCGUUUUGAGGGUGUGUGUGUGUGUGUGUGUGUGUUUUUCUUUGAUGGCAACUACGCGAAUUCACCGCCACUCUUUCCGCAUCACUUUCUGAACAUUGUUGAUACCGUCCUUCUCUUGUUUAUUCGGUCGGUGUUACUGUACUCCACUUUCUCCUCACCUAUAUAUAUAUGCACAGAUAUCUAUACUUCAUCGGCACACGCCUCUUUCUAUACUCGCCUCGUUUGUUUUCGCACCACCUCGACGCAGUCCUCAAACAGCGAAAAUAAUAAACAAAACAAGACGCUCUUCUAUAUAUUUAUUAUUACUACUACUUUGAUUAGUCUUUGGUUUUCAUUCGUGUAACAUUGAUUACUCUCCCACGGUCGGCAGUGGUGCUUUAGGCGGGUGAAUGCUGCUCUGCCAUACAUCUAUUUAUUUAUUUACAUCCAACAGUAGACAAACGAUCCAUCGCAGCACAGCAAACACACACGUUAAUCGCGCCUCGACCAGCAACAGAUGAAUCCACCGAUCUCCGCAGAACGCAGCAGGCCGCGUGGGACGGUGGCGGAGAGUCCAUCGACCCCCGCUCCAUCACAACCGCCGUCCGCUCCUCCGCGCCGCCACCGCAGCCUCUUCGACCUCGAUGCCGAUAUUUUUCAUUACAUCUGCUCCUUCGUCCCUGUCGAUGACGUCCUUUUUCACCUCACCAACGUCUGCCGCGACGCUCGACGGCGCCUGUGGGGCAAUAAUGAACUCUGGCAGCAGCUGUGGAUGCGGUACCUGGUUCAGUUUUUUAAGUCCCUCAUUCCACCCGCAAAGCUGACGAACGCGGCGACUUCAGCAGCAGCAGUAGCCGCCACUUCCUCCUCCUCUUCUCCGGUCCUUUGCACGUCGCCCUGGCCUGCGGGGGCGGUGGACACGACGGCGACGACGAUGGUGGGGGCCACGUGCGCCUGCAGCGACGCGGCAUGGCGCCUCUAUCACUACCACGCCUCGAAGGAGGCGCGGCCGCGGGUGGAGUUGCUCGAGCGACUGCGCGUGACGCCGGAGGACAUCUCCGACCCUCCCGCCGAAGAGACGCCGCAAAAGGCGGUCAGCUCUUUCGUGGGGUUGAGUGCGGGGAUGAGGCGGGGCGUGGACAAGGCGCAGGAGCAGACGCUGCUUUUCGCGCAGCUGUGUGCCACCCAACUCGUGACGAACAACCUCACCCACACCGAGACGCCACCGCCGGCGAGUCGGAUGCUGUCCGCGCAGGGAAGCCCAAAGCCCGCUGCUGCGGAUGUCCCGCCUUCUGCAAGACCGCCCGAUAAGAAAAGUAAAAAGGCCGCGGCUGCUGCGCGACGGCGGGAGCGACAGGCGGAGAGGCUGCGACGAGCUCUGCACUUUCUGCUCUCCGCGAGUGGCCACCGACCGGCCUUUCAAGACCGCCUGUGGUCGAGCACCUACGAGGCAGGUGAGGCUUACCAGCGAGAGGUACUGAAGGGCGCUGGGGACGCAUCGUCUGCAAACCGGCGUCACAAGAAGAGCACUAAGGUCAACGCUCUGGUGGAGAAAGACCGGCUGCGUCCGCUGAGCUGGCUGGAUGACCGCGACACCUCCGUGAAGGUGCUGUUCUUCGAAGACAACUCCCGCUCCGUCGGCGAUGCCGGGUCGGUGCAGGCGGAACGCAUUAAGCUGCUCGCGGCGAUCGCCCACCACUGGCGGCUCGCCUACGCACAUCAGUUUUACUUAACACCGACAGACGGCAAAGACCAUGGCAGUGCCCAGCCGCACCCCUCUCCCCUACUCCGCGGGCAUGUUUCGCGUGAUAACGAUGAAUACGGCGCUGCCACCGCAGCCAGACUGCGGGAUGGGCGCGCUUCAUGGGAGCAGGUGUACCGACGCUUUCGCGACGACAGCGCAAACGUGCACAGCGCCCGCAUCCACGAAUCCCUACGCCGGGUUGGCAUGGGCGACGCGUCAUCUGCUGAUGGUGCCCCUCCUACCUCUCCGACCUCAUCCGCGCGUGUACACGUCAUCCCCUCCUCCGGUAACCCGCUCUUCGACAUGCACCUCCUCACCUACAGCAAACGUAAGCAGUUCUACGCGGCGAUGCUGACGAGCACGGUGGAGGUGCCAGAUGGCAUGGGAGUCUUCGUCGCCACGUGCGUGUCGGAGUCCUUUCUGCGGUGGUGGUGCUGGCGCAGUCGUCGUCUGAGGGAGAUCGCCGCAGCCGAGACCACCCCAGUGGACCACCACCGCGCAAAUCCAAUCCCUCCUCCCUCAGCCACCAUCACGCUCCCUACGAUCCCGUCCGCCUAUCACGGCGCGGUGCCGGCCACCACCACGUUGUGGAUUGCGCGGGUCUGCUCGGUGCACAAGCCGCAGUACGGCACGACGGCCAGCGACGGCAGCUUCGGCCGCCCCGCCCCGAUUGAGGCGGAGGAGUCCUUUGUGUACUCGUCCUCCUACUCCGAUGUCACCUCGACGGACACACUCGCCUCGGACUCGGCCUCGAUUGACUUCGUCGAGGAGGUGCCGGAGGCGGAGGCGGAGGUGGACGAGAGCGCCGGGCCGGGUGUAGCGGCAGAGAGAGGAGAGGAGGAAGAGGAGGAUGUGGAUGCUUUCCAGUCCUACCCCGAUAACGGAAUGGACGGCAGCAGUGGCAGUAUCCAGCCUCAGCGAACUCAGCAGCAGCAGUGGCAGCAACAACAGUCGCCGUCGUCGACCCGAUCUCGAGCGAGUGCGCCACGCGUAGCUCUUCUCUUUCCUCUUCCGCACCUCCUCGCCUACUGGUUCAUGAUGCACCACGUCACCUUCUACAGCCAUCAGGUGUACCGUCGCAUGUGGGGCGACCACGAGAUCACCAUCGCCGUCUGCAGCCGCAUCCUCAGUCCCACCGGCCACAGUGUGGAGUGUCGCCUCUUUUACACCCUGCGCUGUGCGGCGUUCCCGCGCAUGUAUACGAAGAUGAUGUUCACGCCAGGGACGCUGCCUGUCCUCACGAUCCAGGACAAGAUGUCGGCGCGAUCGCCCUACCGCUCACCAAGCACGACCUCUGCCUCCUUAUCAUCGUCCGCGAGGUCUUCGUCGUCGUCCUCCUCGGAAGGACUACGACCCCCAUCACGUGUUCACGCAAGAAACGUUCGCCGCAACUCGGACUCCGACUCCUCGGCAGACCCAUCGCCUUCGGGACACCCGCCGGCACGUCCGCCACCGCCGUCCGCGUCGCGUGAUGCCUCCUCCACCACGUCGUCGUCGUCAUCAGCAGCGCCUCGGCAGCGGCGGCACCCAACGUUGGACGAAAAGCCGGUAGACAGCCGGCAGGUCUACGAUCUCUUCUGGACCGGCUUUGGUCGCGUGGAGGUGGAGUCGGGACCGACCAUCUCCCGCGCCAACCUCGUGCGUCUCCGCGUGGCCCUCGGUCUGACCGUCGACUUCCCGAUGGGGCUUCUGUGGAACGUGCUGAUGUUCGCCUCUGGCGUCGGCCCGCUGAUCCUGAAGGAGCACCGGCAUUCCCUCUACUUCGCCCACCCCAAAAGCUUCACCGACAUCCUGGAGGAGGAGUUUGGCGAGGCCAGCUGCUACGGCUACGGAGCACGGCCCGUUAUGCCCACCGCAGGCGGUGGCGGCGUCAUGCCCAACCCACUCGACGCAGUCGUCGAGCUGAUGCGGGAGCAGCACCAUUUAGACGAGGACGCCCGGGCCCUCGUGGAGGGUCUCGCAGAAGUCGAAAACGCAAGCAGCCGCCACGCAGAGCGCAACAGCAGCGGCGGUGUCGUGGAUGUCUCCUUCUCCACCGCGGAAGGAGCGGAUAGCUCGGAGCAAGACGACGAUGCUAGGCGGGAGAGGAACGCGGUACCGCCGACGGAGCCGACGACGUCCUCCCUUUCCACCUCAUCGACGAUGACGACGCACGGCUCGUGGGGGCUGGACUCGGAGUUCAGCAGCAUGGGUGGGCGCUCGUCGUGA